AUGGCACAGUUCCACCUGGCCGAGUGCUAUCACAACGGACUCGGGGUCGACCGAGACCAUACCAAAGCUGUCGAGCUGUACCGCAGUCUUGCAGAUCGUGGUAUGGCCCAAGCCCAAAUUGCCCUCGGUGGAUGCUAUGAGGCAGGCGAAGGUGUCGAUCAAGACUUCGACACAGCCAUCGAGUGGUAUUCCAAGGCCUCAAACCAAGGCAGCGACGAUGACUGGCUGUGUAAGCAUCUCAUGGCCGCAUGCCUGUACUAUGGAUUCGGAACCACGAAGAACCAGACCAAGGCAGCUGGCAUCUUUGAACAGCUUGCCAAGGACGGCCACAGUGACAGCCAGUUUUGGAUCGGAGAGUGCUACCUUCACGGCGAGGGAGUAUCGAAGGACAAAGAAAGGGCAUUCGAGUGGUUCAGCAAGUCGGCCGACCAAGGCAACUCAUAUGGACAGUGGAUGGUCGGUGAGUGCUACUACUGGGGACACGAAGUCACCGAGGACCUCACCAAGGCAGCCGAGUUGUUCUGCAAAUCGGCCGAACAGGGUAAUCGGAACGGACAAGAGCGGCUCGGCCUCUGCUACCUCUACGGCCGUGGCGUCCCCAGUAAUUUUGACACGGCCAUUAUUUGGUACCGCAAGUCCGCCGACCAGGAUGACUGGAAUGCCAUCAUCAGACUCAAGAGCCUCGGCAAGUGGCCGUGA